AUGUCAAAUAAUACAAAGGUGUUCAGCAGACAAGUGACCUCAGAUGAUUUUAUUAAUUUAUCUGACCCACCUAGGCCUAAGGAAUCUCCUUUUGUGUCAGAAUCCAUCACACCUAACGGAUCAUAUAUUCAAGACGCAAGGAGACCCCGUACGUUACAAAGACGCAGAUCUACAAAUUAUACAGAUGCGUUGAAUCUAAGAAAAAUGAAUCAACUAAGAGAACAAACGAUAAACCAUAACAGUUUGGAAGAAAAUAAACAUUACACUCCCGCUUACGGUCAUGAACAGGGUUAUUUGACUCAGAAAAUGGAUUAUGAAGAUAUAAAACACGAUAUUCAAAGUUGGCAAGACUACUAUGACGACCACAAUAUGAAUUCUGAUUCUACUAUCGAUAUGGGGGAUCGUGUUCAACAUAAACAUAAGGAGACCAAAGGAAAACCCGUUGAUGUCCCAUCACAACCUAUGCAACUGUUUAAGGGUGAUUAUUUGGACAAUGAAAAUGAUAGGUCUGCAACUUUACCUUCCAUGAAUAGCAAUAAAAAUAGCAGCGGUGGGUACACCACAAGAGAUUUGCCCUCAAAACCACAAAUGUUUAGACGCCGUUCUUCAUUCGAAUAUGAAGACUUUAAAAAAGACAUUUAUGAUAGAUUAAAAUUCUUCGAAGAAUAG